UGGCAAAUGUGAGUGUUAUCUGCGUGCCAGGCACUGUUGUGGGCUCUUCCCUUAAUAAACGUUGAAUCCUUAAAGCAAGGCUUGAGAGCUCGUUGGGCCGCCCCGGCCCGCCCGGCCCAUGGCCCAGAACCCCGACGGCAUCUCCUGUGAGCUGCGAGGCGAGAUCACCAGGUUCCUGUGGCCCAAGGAGGUGGAGCUGCUGCUGAAAACCUGGCUGCCUGGGGAGGGUGCUGUGCAAAACCAUGUCCUGGCACUGCUACGAUGGAGAGCCUACCUGCUGCAUACCACCUGCCUCCCGCUGAGGGUGGACUGUACAUUCAGUUACCUGGAGGUCCAGGCCAUGGCACUGCAGGAGACACCCCCUCAGGUCACCUUUGAGCUGGAGUCCCUGCGUGAGCUGGUCCUGGAGUUUCCUGGUGUGGCUGCCCUAGAACAACUGGCCCAGCACGUGGCAGUGGCCAUCAAGAAGGUCUUCCCUUGCUCGACCCUUGGGAAGCUAUUCCGGAGGCCCACACCCGCCUCCAUGCUGGCUCGGCUGGAGAGAAGCAGCCCUUUGGAGUCCACUGACACCUGCAGCCCCUGUGGUGGCUUCUUGGAGACAUAUGAGGCUCUGUGUGACUACAAUGGCUUCCCUUUCCGAGAGGAGAUCCAGUGGGAUGUGGACACCAUCUACCAUCGCCAGGGGUGCCGCCAUUUCAGCCUGGGAGACUUCAGCCACCUCAGCAGUCGGGACCUGGCCUUGAGUGUGGCUGCCCUAUCCUACAACCUGUGGUUCCGGUGCCUCUCCUGUGUGGACAUGAAGCUGAGCCUUGAGGUCUCCGAACAGAUUCUGCACAUGAUGAGCCAGUCAUCCCACCUAGAGGAGCUGGUGCUGGAGACCUGCGGCCUAAGGGGAGACUUUGUCCGACGACUGGCCCAGGUGCUGGCGGGACACUCAAGCUCUGGGCUGCGGGAGCUCAGCCUGGCGGGGAACCUGCUGGAUGACCGAGGCAUGGCUGCACUCAGCAGAUACCUGGAGCGUUGUCCAGGAGCCCUGAGGAGACUCAAUCUCGCCCAGACAGGGUUGACACCGAGAGGAAUGAGGGCUCUGGGCCAGGCACUGGCCACCAAUGCUGCCUUCGACUCCAUUCUGACCCACCUGGACCUUUCCGGGAACCCCGGGGUGCUAGGACCCUCCGAGGACAGUGGGGGCCUCUAUACCUUCCUGAGCCGUCCUAACGCGCUGUCAUUCCUGAACCUCGCAGGCACCGACACCGCCCUGGACAUUCUCUUCACAGCGCUGUCCCGCGGCUGCUGCGCCAGCCUUACCCACCUCGAUGCUUCGAGGAACGUCUUCUCCCGCACGAAGUCCCACGCCCCGCCGGCCGCGCUGCAGCUCUUCCUCAGCCGCUCGGGAACGCUGCGGCACCUGGGCCUGGCGGGCUGCAAGCUGCCGCCCGACGCACUCAGGGCCCUUUUGGAUGGCCUCGCGCUCAACACGCACCUCCGCGACCUGCAUCUGGACCUCAGCGCUUGCGAGCUGCGCUCGGCCGGCGCCCAGGUGAUACAAGACUUAGUGUGCGACGCAGGCGCUGUGAGCUCCCUGGAUCUGGCGGAUAACGGCUUUGGCUCGGACAUGGUGACUCUGGUGCUGGCCAUUGGGAGAAGCCGGUCCCUAAGACACGUGGCGCUUGGAAGGAACUUCAAUGUCCGGUGCAAGGAGACCCUGGACGACGUCCUGCACCGGAUUGUCCAGCUCAUGCAGGACGACGACUGUCCUCUUCAGUCUCUGUCAGUGGCUGAGUCUCGGCUGAAGCUGGGCGCCAGCGUCCUACUCCGGGCCCUGGCCACCAAUCCUAACCUGACCGCGCUGGAUAUUAGCGGCAACGCCGUGGGGGACGCGGGCGCCAAGUUGCUGGCCAAGGCGCUGCGGGUCAACUCGAGGCUCCGGUCUGUGGUCUGGGACCGGAACCACACAUCUGCUCUGGGCCUGCUGGACGUGGCGCAGGCGCUGGAGCAGAACCACACCCUGAAGGCCAUGCCUCUGCCACUGAAUGACUUGGCCCAGGCACAGCGCAGCCGCCCAGAAUUGACAGCACGUGCAGUCCAUCAGAUCCAAGCCUGUCUCUUGAGGAACAACCGUGCAGACCCUGCCUCUUCUGAUCACACGACCCACCUUCAGCCACUCAGUCUGGUCUCAGACCCCUCAGAGCAGGAAGUAAAUGAACUGUGUCAGUCAGUACAGGAGCACGUGGAGCUGCUGGGCUGUGGGGCUGGGCCCCUGGGUGAAGCUGCUGUGCGCCAGGCUGAGGAUGCCAUCCAAAAUGCCAACUUCUCUCUCAGUAUUCUCCCCAUUCUAUAUGAAGCUGGAAGCUCCCCAAGCUAUCACUGGCAGCUUGGACAGAAGUUGGAGGACCUUCUGGGACAUGUGGGCGAGGUCUGCCGCCAGGACAUCCAGGACUUCACUCAGGCCACACUGGACACAGCAAGGAACCUCUGUCCACAGAUGCUACAGGGAUCCAGCUGGAGGGAGCACUUAGAGGGGGUUCUGGCAGGCUCGAGGGGCCUCCCGGAGCUGCUCCCAGAGCAGCUGCUGCAAGAUGCCUUGACUCGGCUCAGGGACAUUCGGCUAUCAAUCACCGGGACCUUGGCAGAGAGCAUUGUGGCUCAGGCUUUGGCAGGCCUGAGUGCAGCCCGGGAUCGACUGGUGGAGAGUCUGGCUCAGCAGGCAAUGGUGACAAUGCCCCCUUCCCUACCGGCUCUGAAUGGAGGUCAACCCAGCCCCCUUGAGCCCGGGGAAUUGGAAGGUCUUUUCUUCUCCAAGGAGGAGAAGGAAGAAAAGGAGGAAGAGAAGGAUGACAGUCUUGCACGGAAAUGGCCUGAGUUCAGCCACAGUCUUCACCUGGUCCCCUUCAUUCACAGUGCUGCUGAGGAAGCAGAGCCGGAGCCCGAGCUGGCGGCUCCGGGAGAAGAUGCGGAGCCGCAGGCGGGGCCGUCUGCGCGCGGCUCUCCGAGCCCUGCCACUCCUGGGCCCCCGGCUGGCCCACUGCCCCGCAUGGACCUGCCAUCCGCGGGGCAGCCCCUACACCAUCCUACCCGGGCCCGGCCGCGGCCGCGCCGCCAGCACCACCACCGUCCGCCGCCGGGGGGCCCCCAGGUGCCCCCAGCCUUGCCGCAGGAAGGGAAUGGGCUCAGUGCCCGCGUGGACGAGGGUGUGGAGGAAUUCUUCUCCAAAAGGCUGAUUCAGCAGGAUCGCCUCUGGGCCCUGGAGGAGGACCCGGCCACUGAGGGGGGCACCACUCCUGUCCCCCGUACACUGCGAAAGAAGCUGGGCACCCUCUUUGCCUUCAAGAAGCCUCGUUCAACACGGGGCCCACGGCCUGAUCUAGAGACCAGCCCUGGGGCAGCUCCCCGAACCCGAAAAACUACAUUUGGUGACCUGCUGCGGCCACCAACCCGUCCCAGCCGUGGUGAGGAACCUGGUGGGGCUGAGGGGGACACCAGCAGCCCUGACCCUGCCCGAAGGAGCCGACCUCGAUACACAAGGGACAACAAGGCCUACUCGAUGAUAUUGUUGCCUGCCGAGGAGGAGGCAAUGCUGGGUGCCAGACCUGACAAGCGGCGGCCCCUGGAGAGGGGAGAAACAGAGUUGGCUCCAUCCUUUGAACAGCGGGUACAAGUGAUGCUGCAGAGGAUAGGCGUCAGCCGCGGCAGCGGGGGUGCCGAAGGCAAGAGGAAACAAAGCAAAGAUGGCGAGAUCAAGAAAGCUGGCUCAGAUGGUGACAUUAUGGACAGUUCCACGGAGGCCCCUCCCAUCUCAAUGAAGUCCCGCACCCACUCUGUGUCUGCUGACCCCUCCUGCAGACCUGGCCCAGGAAGCCAAGGGCCCGAGUCUGCCACUUGGAAGACACUGGGGCAGCAGUUGAAUGCAGAGCUCAGGAGCCGUGGUUGGGGCCAACAGGAUGGUCCAGGCCCUCCUUCCCCUGGUCAGAGCCCAAGUCCCUGCAGAGCCAGCCCCUCCCCAGACAGCCUGGGUCUCCCGGAGGACCCCUGCUUGGGCCCCAGGAAUGAAGAACGGCCCCUGCGUCUGCAGCGCUCCCCCGUCCUCAAACGCAGGCCGAAGCUCGAGGCACCUUCAUCCCUAAGCCUAGGAUCUGGCCUUGGAACCGAGCCUCUGCACCCACAGCCCACAGAGCCCUCCAGCCCUGAGCGGAGCCCACCCUCCCCAGCCACAGACCAAAGAGGCGGCGGUCCCAAUCCCUGAUCCUCUCCUCUCCUGCCGCAUGAGAUUAUUUUAUUAAAAAACUCAAAGGAA